AGGAGCUGCCAUGUCGGCCUCCUCCGUCCCUCCGUCCCUCCUCCUCCUCCUCCUCCUCUUCCUCGCCCCUCCCGUCCAUCCCGUCCAUCCUGAUGAUGCCUUGCUUCAGAGGCUGGAGCUGCAGGGCGCCCCGCUGUCUCACCUGCUCCUGGACCCGGGGGCGGGGCGUCUGUACGUGGGCGGGGUCGACCACCUGUACCAGCUGACCCCCGACCUGAAGGUGACGUCUCACGUGAAGACGGGUCCUCACCUGGACUCCCCGGACUGCCUGCCCCCCAUCGUGCCCCAGGACUGCCCCUCGGCCACGCCCACUCACAACCACAACAAGCUGCUGCUGCUGGAGCCGGGCCGGGGGGCGGGGCCGGGCCAGGGGGCGGAGCCGGGCAGCCUGAUCGUGUGCGGGUCGCUGUUCCAGGGCAUCUGCGACAAGAGGAGUCUGUCCAACAUCUCGCAGCUCCUCUACCAGACGUCCAACCCCGUGGACACGCAGUACGUCGCCGCCAACGACCCCCGCGUUUCCACCGUGGGCGUGGUCAUCAGCACCCGGACCAGGCAGGAGGGCGGCGGCGGCCCGCUGCGCCUCCUGCUGGUGGGCCGCGGCUACACCAGCAGGGGUCCGGGCGACAUCCCGCCCAUCACCACGCGCCGCCUGUCCCCGGUGGUCCCGCCGCGCCGCGCCUUCUCCCAGGAGGAGGAGCUCGGCAAGCUGGUGGUGGGGAGCUACUCCGAGUACAACAACCACUUCGUGAAGGCGGUCGCCCACGGCGACCACGUCUACUUCCUGUUCUCGCGGCGCGACAUGUGGCACAAGAAGGAGUACCGGACGUACGCCUCGCGGCUCUGCGCCUCCGACCGCAGCUUCUACUCCUACGUGGAGGCGCCGCUGCUCUGCCACGGCGGCUACAACCUGGCGCAGGGGGCGUGGCUCGGCGCCCACUCGGGCCGGCCCGCCCUGUUCGUGGUCAUGGCGGCGGGGCAGGCGUCCACGCCGGUGGCGACCGGCCGCUCGGCGCUGUGCGCCUACGGCAUGGCCGAGCUGGACGCCCUGCUGCUCCGGGCGCAGGAGGUGUGCUACACCGGCGGCGGGCGCGGCGGCGGCGGCCGCGAGGAGGCCUACAUCGAGUACGCCGUCUCCUCCAGGUGCCUGAGGCUGCCCAAGGACUCCCUCUCUGAAUACCCCUGCGGAGGCGAACACACCCCCAACCCCAUCGCCAGCGCCGUGCCCCUGCCGGCCACGCCCACCGUCACCUCCACCACCCAGCUGACCGCGGUCGCCACGGCAACGGAGGCAGGACACACAAUCGCCUUCCUGGGGGACAAGGACGGCCGUUUACAUAAGGUGUUGGUGCGACCCGAUUGGUCCGGCGUUCUCUACGGUAGUGUGAACGUUGACGCCGGCAAUGCCGUAGGCGCCGACCUCCUAUUGGACGAGAGCCAGCGGCACGUUUACGCUCUGACCAGCAGCCGGCUGUCCAGGGUCCCCGUCUCGUCCUGCCAGACGCAGACAGACUGUCUGUCCUGCCUGUCCCUCACAGACCCCUACUGCGGCUGGUGUGUCCUGGAGGGGAGAUGUUCUCGGAAGCAGGAGUGCCGGCGCCACCUGCUGCCCAAUCAGUGGCUCUGGAGCUUCGACCCGACCAAUCAGUGCGUGGCGGUGCAGAGCCUGCAGCCGGCCAAUCAGAGCAAGCAUGAGCAGAAGCAGGUGACGCUGUCCGUCCUGCGGCUGCCCGCCCUCACGGAGGCGGAGCCUCUCUCCUGUGUGUUUGGACUCCUCCCGCCUCGGCCGGCCGUCGUCAUGGGAACCAGCAUCACGUGUCAGUCGCCGCCGCCGGAGACGCUCCCCGACAUGCCGGCAGGAAGCGAUCACAUGAUCCUGCCCGUGUCCCUGGUGUUCAGUCAUGUGACCAUCGCCACGGGAAACAUGACCUUCUACGACUGUGCCUCCGUCAGCCGCCUCAACCAGAGCUCCCAGUGUCUCGCCUGUGUCCACAGUCAGUGGAGGUGUAACUGGUGUCCUCUGGAUCAGCUCUGCACUCACAGCCAGAGCUGCCCGACGCAACACCUGAUCCUGAACCAGAGGGACUCCCCCGUCCCUCCCUCCUGUCCUCUGAUCUUUGCCCUGCAGAGUUCUGCCUUAGUGCCCAUGGGCCUGAGCAGCAGUGUGGUGCUGCGGGGUCGAAACCUGGACGUCUACACUGUGCAGGAUGAAGCUUCCUACACAUGUGUUGUUGAAAUCGAGGGAAUCCAAAUCAACCUGACAGCACGAGUUCAAAAAACACCGGACAACACACACACCUUCACCUGCAGCCCACACCAGUUUCAGUUUCCUGUCAGUCAGCUGCAGCAUCAGGCUCCAGUCUUCCUGCUAAUUGGACGGCAGCGAGUCGACGUCACACCUGGACUGAGCCUCCAGCUGUACGACUGCUCCGCCGGCCAAUCGGAUUGCUCGCAGUGCCGGGCGGUGCCUGAGGAGUACGGCUGUGUGUGGUGUGUGGGAGGCCCCGCCCCCAGCUGCACGUACAACCAAUCGUGUUCCGGCGCCACCGCGACCGCCUGCCCGCCCCCUCGGAUCACCGGGGUGCUGCCGGUCUCCGGCCCGCUGGAGGGCGGAGUCCUGGUGACCAUCAGCGGCUCCAACCUGGGCCUGAGCUACCGGGACGUGGUGGGCGGAGUCACGGUGGCCGGCGUGCCGUGUCCGCCGCGCCAAGAGGGAUACCGGAUCUCCACACGAGUUGUGUGUGAGCUGCAGCCCACUGGGCAGCCGGGGGAGGGGCCAGUCUUGGUUACCGUGGGAACGACCCCUCCUGGGAGGUCCACUCAGACGUUCACCUACCAGGAUCCCCAGGUCCUGGAUCUGGUCCCUGCUCAGGGUCCAGUCUCUGGAGGGACCAGACUGACCAUCAGGGGGGUCCGGCUGCUGACCGGGCAGACCUCGGACCUAAGCGCCUUCCUGGGACCGCAGCCCUGCUACAUUGUGGAGGAGGUCACCGACACCCAGCUGGUGUGCCAGACGGGUUCCGGUCGGACCGGCGACGUUCCGGUCCGGGUUCUGUUUGGGACGGCCGAGCGGAUCGUCCCCAAUGCGACAUUCCGUUACCUUGACGACCCGGAGAUCAGCGACGCCGCGCCGUCCGAGAGCUUCUACGCCGGCGGACGGGUCGUCACGGCGACGGGCAGUAACCUGGACGUGGUGCAGCGGCCCGUCUUCUCGGUGUGGGUGGAGCCUGUGGAGGUGCAACGGGUGAAGCGGAGGCGGCGGUUGUCUCUCCUGACCGCCCGGCGGCAGCUGGUCUUCAACGGCACCAUGGCAACGGUGUCGGAGCGCUGCUCCGUCCUGUCGCCCUCGCUGAUGAAGUGUCUGACGCCCGCCGUGACGGCCGGCGUCCGGGUGAAGGGCGUCUGGUUCCAGCUGGACAACGUCCGGGUCCACUUCCAGAGCGUCAAGGGUCAGAGCUUCCUGUACCACCCCGACCCGCAGCUCUACCCGCUGAACCGCGAAGCUCCGGAGGCACCGUACCGCUUCAAGCCCGGCGGAGUCAUCGCCGUGGAGGGUCAGGACCUGACCAGAGCCAUGUCCAGACAGGAGGUCCGGGCCACACUGGGGGACCAGGACUGUGAGGUGAAGACCCUGGACAGCACCCACCUGUACUGCGAGCCUCCGGAGGUCCAGCCGGCCAGCCUGGACCAGAACUCCCCGCUGCCGGGCCUCAAGGUGUUCAUGGGAAACCUGCAGGUGGAGCUGGGCCGGGUCCAGUACGACAGCGACUCGCUGCUGCCCGCCGUGCCGCUGGCGGCGCAGAUCGGUCUGGCGGCGGGGGCGGCCGUCAUCAUCCUGUCGGUGCUGGUGGUCAUCCUGAUGUACAGGAGGAAGAGUAAACAGGCCCUCAGAGACUACAAGAAGGUGCUGCUGCAGCUGGAAACUCUGGAGAUCAACGUUGGAGAUCAGUGUCGAAAGGAGUUCACAGACCUGAUGACCGAGAUGAUGGACCUGAGCAGCGACGUGGGGGGGCCGGGGCUCCCCCUGCUGGACUACAGGACGUACGCAGAGCGGGUCUUCUUCCCCGGCCAGCAGGCGGCGCCGCUGAGCCGGCAGCUGGACCUGCCGGACUCCCGCCGGCCGACGGUGGAGCAGGGCCUGCAGCAGCUCAACAACCUGCUCAACAACAGGCUCUUCCUCACCAGGUUCAUCCACACCCUGGAGGCCCAGCAGGGGUUCUCGCAGCGGGACCGGGGCUUCGUGGCGUCUCUGCUGACGCUGGCGCUGCACGACAAGCUGGAGUACUUCACCGAGGUGAUGAAGACGCUGCUGCAGGACCUGGUCCAGCAGUACGUCGCCAAGAACCCCAAGCUCAUGCUGCGCCGGACGGAGACCGUCGUGGAGAAGAUGUUGACCAACUGGAUGUCCAUCUGUCUCUACUCCUUCCUCAAGGACGUGGCCGGGGAGCCGCUCUACAUGCUCUACAGAGCCAUCAAGUACCAGGUGGACAAAGGCCCGGUGGACUCGGUGACGGGGAAGGCCAAGAGGACGCUGAACGACAGCCACCUGCUGAGAGAGGACAUCGACUACAGCGCUAUGACUCUGACGGUCCUGGUGAAGAACGGAGUGGAGGUCCAGCCGUGUCCAGUCAAAGUCCUGGACACAGACACCAUCACACAGGUGAAGGACAAGAUCCUGGACCAGGUCUACAGGGGGGCGCCGUUCUCCCAGAGACCCGCAGCGGACAGCUUGGAUUUGGAGUGGCGUUCGGGCCAGGCGGGUCACCUGACCCUGUCGGACGAUGACGUCACGGCGGUGGUUCAGGGCCGCUGGAAGCGAAUCAACACGCUGCAGCACUACAAGGUUCCGGACGGAGCCACGGUGGCCCUGAUACCCCGCUCGCAGGGUUCUGGAGGCGGAGUCAACCAGGUGUUCCAGACCGGAGAGAAGACGCCCAUGCUGGAGGGCGAGGAGGACGAGGGUCUCCGUCUCUGGCACCUGGUGAAGAGCAUCGAGGACCCGGAUCUUCCCAAAACCCGCAAGAGCAGCCUGAGGGAGCGGGAGCGGGCCAAGGCCAUCCCCGAGAUCUACCUGACCCGCCUGCUGUCCAUGAAGGGGACACUGCAGAAGUUUGUGGACGAUGUCUUCGUGGCCAUCCUCAGUACGAAGCGUCCUCCUCCCAUCGCCGUCCGCUUCUUCUUCGACUUCCUGGACGACAUGGCCGAGAGACAUGGAAUCGACGACCCGGAGACCGUCCACAUCUGGAAGACCAACAGUCUCCCUCUCCGGUUCUGGGUCAACAUCCUGAAGAACCCUCAGUUCGUCCUGGACGUCCAGGUGACGGACAGCAUCGACGCCGUCCUGUCCGUCAUCGCCCAGACCUUCAUCGACUCCUGCACCACCUCCGAGCACAAAGUGGGACGGGACUCUCCGGUCAACAAGCUGCUGUACGCCAGAGAGAUCCCCCGCUACAAGCAGCUGGUGGAGAGGUAUUACAGUGACAUCCACAGCGCUGCGUCCGGCUGCUACCAGGAGAUGAACUCCACCCUGACGGAGCUCUCAGGGAGUUUUGCCUCGGAGAUGAACAGUCUGGUUGCUCUCCAUGAGCUCUACAAGUACAUCAACAAGUACUACGACCAGAUCAUCCUGUCCCUGGACGAGGACAGCUCGGGACAGAAGAUGCAGCUGGCCUACCGCCUGCAGCAGGUCGCCGCCCUGGUGGAGAACAAGGUCACCGACCUCUGAGCAGGACACGCCUCCAGAGACACUGACUGGACAGCUGUUACACUGUCUUCCUGCUGAGUGUGUGUGUGUGUGUGUGUGUGUGUGUGUGUGUGUGUGUGUGUGUGUGUGUGUGUGUGUGUGUUUUUAUAGUCAGACUCAGGUCUUUUGAUUUCCUCGCACAGCCGCAGUUAAGCUAAUGUCAAAGUAAAGUUGAAUUUAGCCAACUGAUCCUGAUCCUGAUCCUGAUCCCGUACCCAGACCCGGACCCGGGUCAUGGGCCUGUGUGGGACCACGACAAUCUACCAGUCCUCUGGAGGACCAGCCUUGCUCCUGCCGCCUUGCACUACGUUUCCCAGGGUUCCCUGCGGUUCCUGCCUGGCCCCCUUGAACCGCGGCCCGGACCUCGGACCGGGUCUGGGGUUCAGGAACCAAACGCAAUAACAGAUUCAGAACUAGGGGGCGUAGGAGUCCGGUUUCAGUGUGAGUCCGGGUUCUGGGCCUUCUGACCUCAGACCGGACCGGCGCCUGAUGGGCCGGGUCCUUCGAGUCUUCCUCAGUUCCGGGUUGGGUCCAGCUUGGCCCACCUGGACUCCUCAGGUCUACAUGGAAGCAGGUUCUGAUUGGAUCUCCAGCCGAUCCAGCAAUAAAUCCCGGUUCUGUGAGCCGGUCUUCAGUUUGCUUGUUUUGCUCGUCGGUUGAAAACUUUGGUCUCCAGGUUCAGCUCGGAGACGACGUCCUGGGGUCCAGGAAGUGGACCAGCAGGUCCCUCGGGGAUCUGAUCGGCCACCUUGGUCUCCGCGCCAACAUUCACCACGUCCGACAAAACGGACACCGUGACCGGGAACCCAGACCUGGAACCCAGACCGGGAACCCAGACCGGGAACCCAGACCGGGAACUGAGACCUGGCCGACAUCCUGCAGGUCUUUGGAAGCUCCUGCUGACAAAAGGCUGGAUUUUACCUCCACUUUAGACGAUGAUGGUUUCUUAUUUGUCAGUGUGACCGGUUCACAAACAAACAAACAAACAAACAAACAAACAAACAAACAAACACACACAAACAGUCAGACAGUCAGACAUGCUCACUGAAGUUUGUUAAGUGUGGAGAGCAGAAGAGCGUCUUGAAGUCGGACUCACACUGAAACGUUAAAAUUAAACCUGCUGAACCAAGAAAAACCUGAAGAACAAUCUGAAGUGUGUGUGUGUGUGUGUGUGUGUGUGUGUGUGUGUGUCACUAACUUAUUGUGUGUACAUACUGUAAGUCCUGUUUAUACUUAUUUAUCCGGCUGUGCCUUCAGUCCUGCAGCUUGGUGGCGCUGUCUGUUCAGACAGAAGCCUUAUUGAAAGUGUGUCCCGGUGCAUGAUGGGAAGUCCCGUUGCAUUAUGGGAAGUGAUGGGAGGAUCCCAUCUUAACUUAUAUUGAACCAGAGGAGAGGAACCUAAAUGAUGCACUCAGAAACCUGAUAAACUGCGAACCUCCGAGAGCACGGCGAGACGGGCCGGUUACCGGUUCACACUAACCGUUGACCCCUGAAGCUGUUGGGACUGUCUGUUGGGACCAGGUGUUGGGACCGGGGGUUGGGACCGGGGGUUGGAACCAUGACUGCAGCGUUCUGUUACCCAGAGUUCAGUGCAGAACCAGCAGGGAGCCGUCAGUGCGGCUAGCCCUUCACCGCGGCCACAGCUAGCAUAGCCAGAGCUCCGUCUGUCACUUUAUGUUGGUCAGACCAGUUCAGGUUCAGACCCGGACCUGAGCUGCUUCCCAGUGGGCUUGUCCUCCUGGCAGAGCGCCGCCCUGCUGGCCGUCCUCAGAGCGCCGCCCUGCUGGCCGUCCUCAGAGCGCCGCCCUGCUGGCCGUCCUCCUGGCAGAGCGCCGCCCUGCUGGCCGUCCUCAGAGCGCCGCCCUGCUGGCCGUCCUCCUGGCAGAGCGCCGCCCUGCUGGCCGUCCUCCUGGCAGAGCGCCGCCCUGCUGGCCGUCCUCAGAGCGCCGCCCUGCUGGCCGUCCAGCCGGCUGAAUCCGAACCACCGCUCCAUCUCAGUGUUCUGAAGACGGAACAUGAAGAGAACCAGUAAUGGUUCCAGGACACAAAUGGCUGGACGGUCCAGGUCACAGGGUCAGAAUCCCAAAGCCGGGUCUGGGUCCAGUCUGAGGACGGAACUUGGUGGAGUGUCGGGACAUUUGGGUUCAGCCUGGGACUGUUCUGGACCCGCUGUAGAAACGAGGCCUUCAGGACUAUCUGGAACCCUCGCUGACAGGUUCAGGUUCCGAUCCGGAUUGUCUCGACAGCCCUGAGACCGCGGCUCCUGGACUCUGCUGGCCUGUCCUCCCACUGUGAGUCCCAGAUACUCCUCAAUGCCUUGAAAUCGUCCUUGAUUCCACCGAUAUUUCAGGGUUUCAGCUAACAUGAUGUCCAGAACCGUCCAGAACCGUCCUGGGUCCGCGUGACUUUUUCUGGACUGCCACCUGGCAGCCGGUCUCAGAUCUGAAAACCUCAGGACCAUCCAGGACUUUGUGACAAGUCUUUGUAUGAUUUGCCCAGGACCAUCCUGGACUGUCUUGAACUGUCUCCGACUGUCCCGGACCGUCCCUGAAAGAGUCCAGAUCUUCCAGUGCUGCUUUGAGGUUUGCUGAGUUUUCAGGACACGUUCUAGACUUCCUUUGAUCUUCUUGAAGGUUCUUGUCCUUCACCCUCUUGGAACGUCUCAAUCUCUGGUGGACUUCAAGAGAUUCUCCGGAGAGAAUUUGUCCCUGGUCUUCCAGAAACCUCCAGGAGUGUCCUGGACGUUGCGGACCUGUCCUGGUCUGUCCUGAUGGGACUUGUCCUGGCCCUUCCCCAGCAGGCGGUGAGCAGAUGGACUGGGUGUCCUCUGGGUGUCCUCUGCUCCGGAGCUGAGCCAGACUUGUGCCCCUGGUCUUGCUGAGUCCGGGUCCUGCCAGCUGGUCUCAGCUCCGGGACUUUCUUGCUCCUGUCUCUCUGGACGUCCUCGGAGCUCCUCUCUGUGUUUUUGCCUCCUGUGUUUGACCGUAGUGUAGUGCUCUGCAUGCCAGUGACGAUGACGAUGAUGACGAUGAUGAUGAUGAUGAUGACGAUGAUGAUGAUGAUGACGACGAUGAUGAUGAUGAUGAUGAUGACGAUGAUGACGAUGAUGAUGACGACGAUGAUGAUGAUUCAUGGUGCUUCUUGUACUUUUUUUUCUUUGCCUCUGUUUAAAGAUGGUGGGCGGAGCUUGUGCUCUGCUCGAUUGAUCCUCAGCUCUUAUUGGUCGAUCUCAGUACUCGGAUAGAUCCUCGGCUCUGAUUGGUCGAUCUCUUUUCUACAAGGGAAGGAACUCUUAGGGGUUUGUAUAAGUGAGCUGUUGUCUGAUGAAGCGCAGACUGUUUUCUACCGACUGUACAGUUUGCUAACGGUGUAAAUGUGCCUGUACAUAAAUGUGAGGAUGACGAUGCUGAGGAAGAGUUUGUCUGCAACACAAAGUGUUUCUACGGUGACGCCCAACAGUUUGUAUCCUGUACAAAUAAAGUCUAAUUUUAACAGUU